UAGGCUGUCAUUCUGCAAAAGCUGCCCAUCGCAAGCUUUCCUCUCAGAAGCACUGCUCUUCUUUUUUAGAAAGCCUGAAUCUCCGUGGUGUCUCUGGAGACAAGAAGCCUUCAGUAUGUUAAAUUACUUUCAUUAUGUAUUUUCAGAUGCUUAUUGAUUCUACCGUAGGAAGAGUGGGAGACUGCAGCAGCCUGUAAACCAGAACUAAAGCAAUUGUAUACAUGAGCAGUAUGCUGAAACAAUGGCACAGUACAGGCACAAAUUUUCAUUAAGGUCAUUUUUUGAAGAUAUGCUUAUUACCCUGUUUCCCUUCUACUCUGCUAACAAGUGAACAAAAUGAAUCCCUCCAACCUGGAACUGCUUCACCUGCAUCGAGAAUUUACCAAAUCUUUAGUGGAGGGCAUGCAGCAACUAAUUCAGUUUUACUACUGACAAUAUGAAGAAUGCAGUUGACCGGGUAUCUUUGUAGCUGUAUGACCUACGAGCAGCAGGAUGCAUCCCUAAAAUGUAUUCUUAAGACAUAAAGGAAUUAAAAACAAAACAUGGAACACACUUGCAUUACCAUUUCCGUGCAUGACACUUCAACAAUAUACAUGGAAGACUAACACAUCUGCUCAGAUUUUCAUUACAAGAAGAGUGCAAUGAUUGAUUCUUAAAACGGUGAGCAUUUCUUAAAGAGGGAUUUAUAAUUUAAAACCAGAAUUGUGGAAACUACUGAUGCAUGAAGAGACAAUGAAACAUGAAAUCCCAAAAGGAGAAUAUGCAUACUUCAUCAGCAAGCUGAAUAAAGGUUUAACCAAGCUUUUUCUAUACUACUCAUUAAAUAACUUACUUGUCAUAAUGACUAAUGGAUAUUUUUCUCUCAAUUUUAUGAUGUUAUGUAUUCUCCUUAAAUCAAAAUAAACCAAAUUAGGUAACCCAUGGUUACUCUCAAAGCACAUGAACUGGAUUUUAUGAUGUAUAGCAACUUCUUUCACUAAGCCAUCACUCAAAACUAAUGAGCAGGAAUAUCACAGAAAGAAAUACGCAACCAUAAACUAAGGAUGUCUACACACACUCUGAAAACUGAGAUCAGAAAAUACUAUUCUCUAAACCUGGAAAAUAAAAACAGGCUUCUACAAAAUACAUCAGGGAAGGAAAUUAACAUCACUUAAAAGAAGGUUUAUUUGUCAUUGCUGGCUUGAAACUCAGAACAGACACAGAAUAUGCCCUGGUCUGUAGAAGUAUCUGAGGCAAUUAAGAAGUCCCCAUGUUUAAUCAGAACUUUUUGCUGCUGAACUGCAGGAACAAAAUAAAGGAAAACAAAAAAAAAACCUGCAAGAAAUGAAAUAAGAGCUCAGCUACCACUUGAUUUCCAGGGCACAGCGCUGUCAGAAAUCUCUCAGUGACAGCAUGUGUCGGUUUCUGCCCAGCUGCUGCCACGCUGUGCCAGGCCCCUGAGGCACAGAACAGGAGAAAAACCAGCUGCAACAAAAGAAUGUGUUUGUCCCCCAUUCUGGAAGUCAACAUGCAGUCCGAAUCUAACAUUACAGUUCGAGAUGCCAUUGAUGACAUCGAUACCAACAUGUACCAACCACUGUCAUAUCCAUUAAGCUUUCAAGUUUCUCUCACUGGAUUUUUGAUGCUAGAAAUUGUUUUGGGACUUGGCAGCAACCUCACCGUUCUGGUACUUUACUGUAUGAAAUCCAACUUAAUCAAUUCUGUCAGUAACAUAAUUACAAUGAACCUUCAUGUACUUGAUGUAAUAAUUUGUGUGGGAUGUAUUCCUCUAACUAUAGUUAUCCUUCUGCUUUCACUGGAGAGUAACACUGCUCUCAUCUGCUGCUUCCAUGAGGCUUGUGUCUCUUUUGCAAGUGUUUCAACUGCAAUCAACGUCUUCGCUAUCACGCUGGACCGAUACGACAUCUCUGUAAAACCUGCUAAUCGAAUCCUGACCAUGGGAAGGGCUGUGAUAUUAAUGACAUCAAUAUGGAUCAUUUCACUGUUUUCCUUCCUGAUUCCUUUCAUUGAAGUCAACUUCUUCAGUCUCCAAAGUGCAAGCACUUGGGAAAAUAAGACACUUCUGUGCGUGAGUACAAACGAGUACCACACUGAGCUAGGAAUGUACUACCACAUUCUCGUUCAGAUCCCAAUAUUUUUCUUCACUGUUGUAGUAAUGCUAAUCACAUACACCAAAAUACUCCAGGCCCUAAAUAUUCGGAUUGGUACAAGAUUUACAACAGGACAAAAGAAGAAAAACAGAAAGAAAAAAACCAUUUCUUUGACCACGCAGCAUGAGACUACGGAUGUGUCCCACAGCAGCGCAGGAAAAAACGUCGUCUUUGGUGUAAGGACUUCCGUGUCCGUCAUAAUCGCUCUGCGCCGAGCUGUGAAACGGCACCGGGAGCGGCGAGAACGGCAAAAGAGAGUCUUCAGAAUGUCCCUUCUGAUCAUCUCCACCUUCCUUCUCUGCUGGACACCCAUCUCUGUUUUAAACACCACUAUCUUAUGUUUGGGCCCAAGUGACCUUUUGGUAAAGUUGAGAUUAUGUUUUCUAGUAAUGGCAUAUGGAACAACUAUAUUUCACCCUCUACUUUACGCAUUCACGAGGCAAAAGUUUCAGAAAGUUCUGAAAAGUAAGAUGAAAAAGCGAGUUGUUUCAAUAGUGGAAGCAGAUCCCAUGCCAAAUAACGCUGUAAUACACAACUCAUGGAUAGAGCCUAAAAGGAACAAAAAGAUUACCUUUGAAGACAGUGAAGUAAGACAGAAAUGUUUAGUACCUCAGGUUGUCACUGACUAGAUUGCAGUAUUCACCAAAACACAUCAAACGGAAUAUUUGAACAAAUUGUAAAAAAAAAAUACUGCCAAAUAAGAAAAACUUUUUUAACUAUUGGCAAGACUGUAUAUUUUCAAUAUAUAUGUUAAAUAGAGUAGGUCUUGUAUAUUCAAUUUCUUCAUUAUGUAAGAUAUAUGUUGCAUGGCUGUUUGUUAGCGUAACACCAUGUGUAUAUUUGUCAAAAAUAUUCAAGUCCUCUUUUUUUAGAAAAUAAAUAGCCUUAAAGAAGUGCAAACUUUUAAAAA